AUGCUCCGGUCUUUCAGACCGGCCUCGCGAUGCGGGGCCGUCAAGGCGCUCGCAGCGCCUCAAAGUAGAACCUCAGCCUGCGCGGGGCGCCAUCACCAGUCACGAAUGAGCCUGGUCCCCAAGUUACAACAAGCAUGCUUUUCCAGCGGAGCAUACGCCCUUUCGCCCGUGAAGAGCAGGUCAUAUGCUACGGCAGCUGAAGCUGUCGACCUCAGCGCGCCUCCUAGCCCCAUCGACUCCUUUCUUCAAGGCGGCGCGGCUAACUACGUCGACGAGAUGUAUCUAGCAUGGAAGGCCAACCCCAAAGACGUCCACGUCUCCUGGCAGACUUACUUCCGCAACAUGGAGGACCCCACGGUGCCGUCGACGCAGGCGUUCAGACCCCCACCAGGCUUGAUGUCAAGUCGGUACACAGGAGAUACGCCGGUCAUCCACGUGGCAGAAACAAGCGAUGCGGUAAACUACCUCAAAGCCCAAAACAUUGUACGCGCGUUCCAAGAAUACGGCCACACCAAAGCAAAGAUCACCCCCCUGGAAGACGUUGGCAACGCCACAGUCCACCCUCACCCAGACCUUCCCAACUCCUCAAACCUCAGCAAGUACGGCUUCACCACAGCAGAACUCGAGCGCGAAAUCCCUCUCGGACCAGACCUCCUCCCACACCUUGCCAGCAGUACCAAAACCAUGCCCCUCCGCGACAUCAUCACCACCUGCGAGAAGAUCUACUCCGGCUCCUUCGGCGUCGAGUACCACCACAUCUCCGACCCCACCAAGCGCGCCUGGAUCCGCCAGAGAGUCGAGACAUACCACGCCUCUCCUCCCUCCCCCGCCGAGAAGCAACGCAUCCUCGACACCCUCAUCUGGGCGACCUCCCUCGAGCGCUUCCUCGCGACCAAGUUCCCUAACGAGAAGCGCUUCGGCCUCGACGGCGCGGAGGGCCUUGCACCGGGCCUCGCGGCGCUGAUGGACCGCUGCGCCGACGUCCACGGCGUGCGGGACAUCGUCAUCGGGAGCUGCCACCGCGGGCGGAUGAACGUGAUGAGCACCGUUUACGGCAAGGACUUCGAGACACUGUUUCGGCAGUUUGCGGGGACGGAGAAGUUUGAUGUGGAGGCCGGGCAGACGGGUGAUGUGAAGUAUCACUUCGGCAUGGAGGGCGAGAGGACGACGGCGGGCGGCGGUGUGGUAGGGGUGGAGAUGCUGCCUAACCCGUCGCAUCUCGAGGCCGUUGAUCCUGUUGCGCAGGGCAAGGCGAAGGCUGUGCAGGAGAUCAAGGGGGAUGUGGACCAGUCCAAGGUCAUGUUCAUGGCGCUGCAUGGCGACGCGGCCUUCUCUGGGCAGGGACCCGUGUACGAGACACUGAAUCUCUCAGCGUUAAAGGGGUACGAGGUCGGCGGGACGGUGAGGCUGAUGGUCAACAACCAGAUCGGCUUCACGACCGAUUCCCCCGACUCCCGAUCGACGCCGUACUGUUCCGACCUGGCCAAGUACAUCGAAGCCCCGAUCUUCCACGUCAACGCGGACGACCCGGAGGCGGUCGUGUUCCUGUGCAAGCUCGCCGCCGACUGGCGGGCCGAGUUCCGGUCUGACAUCGUCAUCGACAUCAACUGCUACCGGCGCUUUGGGCAUAACGAGAUCGACCAGGCGAGCUUCACGCAGCCGGAGAUGUACAAGAAGAUUGCGGAGCAGCAGCCGUUGCUGGAGAAGUACGUUGAGAAACUUGUUAGUGAAGGGACGAUGCAGGCGGAGAUUGUGGAGGAGCAGAAGAGGUGGGUUUGGGAGCAGCUGGAGGAGAAGCUGGCGAGGAGCAAGAUGCCUGUGGAAGGGCUGGAGACGGGAGAUAAAGCCACCUUGGAAACGUCGUCAACAUCGACGGCAGUUGAGGAGGCAACCCUUUCAACCAUCGCCGAUGCAAUCACCAGCGUACCAGAGGGCUUCAACCUCCACCGCAACCUCCAACGCAUCCUCGCAGCCAAGAAACAAGCCUUCGACGCAGGCACCAUCGACUGGUCCACCGCAGAAGCCCUCGCCUUCGGCUCCCUCGUCCUGGAAGGCAAACCAGUACGCAUCAGCGGCCAAGACGUCGAGCGGGGGACCUUCUCCCAGCGCCAUUCGGUCCUGCACGACCAAACCACGCACGCCGAGUACACGCCGCUCAACCAUCUCCAAGACCACCAGCCCGCGCGGUACACCGCCGUCAACUCACCGCUGAGCGAGUUCGGCGUACUUGGGUUUGACUACGGGUACUCCCUCGCGGCGCGGGAGUCGCUGGUCAUGUGGGAGGCGCAAUUUGGCGACUUUGCGAAUAAUGCGCAGGUUGUGAUUGACCAGUUCAUCGCGUCCGGGGAGGCGAAGUGGUUGUUGAAGAGCGGGCUGGUGAUGUCGUUGCCGCAUGGGUAUGAUGGGCAAGGCCCGGAGCAUUCGUCGGCGAGGCAAGGGAGGUUUUUGGAGCUGGGGAGCGAAGAUCCGAGAGCGUGGCCUGAGGAUCUGGAGAGGGCGAGGAGGGAGUGUAAUGUGCGGAUUGUGUACAUGACGACUCCGGCGAAUUUGUUUCAUGCUUUGAGGCGGCAGAUUUACUCGCCUUAUAAAAAGCCCCUCAUCAUGUUCUUCUCUAAAUCUCUCCUCCGCCACCCUUUGGCACGAUCAUCUGUACAAGAACUCACGGGCACAUCGACCUUCCAGCCAGUCCUCUCCGACUCAGAGCACGGCAACAGUAUCUUACCCCGAAAGGAAAUCAAUCGUGUGAUCCUCUGCAGCGGCCAAGUCUACGCCUCGCUCCAUAAACACCGCGAAGCAAAGGGCAUCAAGAACACAGCCAUCACGCGCAUCGAGGAGCUGCAUCCCUUCCCGUGGGCUGAGGUGAAGGAGAACCUAGACUCGUACCCGAACGCGCAGACGAUCGUGUGGUGUCAGGAGGAGCCGUAUAACGGAGGUGCUUGGCAAUACAUGCGCGAUAGGCUGGAGACGGUGGCUUCAGAGUCGGAGAAUCACAAGUUCAGUCGGAUGGUGUACGCUGGGCGGGGGACUGGGGCUGCGGCGGCGACGGGGUCGAAGAAGGUGCAUCAAGCGGAGGAAGAGAGACUGUUGGCGGAUGCUUUUGGUGACGUCCUGAGCAAGGAUCAAAAUGUUUUCGGCGGGCCUUUGUUCUUGCCCGUCCUUUCCGACCUUACGGCCGCGAUCCGUCGCUUGGCAGAAGAUGUGAAUGAGCGCAUGAAGGUUCUGGAGAAUUGCGUCGAUUCUCGUGAUACUGAAAGCGAGAUGUCGACGCUCAACAACAUGAAGAAUUGCGUCCAAUCUUCGGCCAAAAUUGCAUCGACUGCAUCUUCUUGGGCUCUCUCCACAGAUGCCGCCGAGUCAAUCGCGGCCUCGGAUUUGUAUGAUAUCUGGCCCGUCCAGCCUGACCCAAAUACACUUGCCUGGGUCGCCAGCACGUCGAACAUAGACCUGAUUCGGGCCUCGGUUCGUUCAAUUCCGAUUAUUUCAUUUUCGGCAGCCGAUCAAUCAGACUCAGACGAUGAGAUGGAAGCCGAAAUUGCCAAUAUUCAUAUGAAGCGAGGACGUGAAGAGCUGCUUUUAGGGAACUUUGCAACUGCCGAGCGAUAUCUCCAGAGAGGGGUGCGACGGCUGAGGAGCUCUAGAAGCCAGCGACAGAAUCUUGCUGUGCAUGCUGAUGGGCUGGAGAAUCUGGUAACCCUGUACCGUGAACAAGAGAGAUGGGAAGAGACCAAAGACACGAUCAUCGAGAGGCUUGCGCUCCUCUCCAGGACUGCAACGGCCGACUCAACGGAGGUUCUGAAGGAAAGGCUAGCUCUCGCCGAUGUGCUUUUGAAGCUUCAUGAUCCGGUACAAGCUCGCCUACACGCAAGGACUUGCAUCAAAGCUUAUCGAAAGCUUGGUCCACCAGGCCACGAAGGGCUCAAAGGCUCUCUGAGUAUGAUGAUCGAAAUAUGCUCUCGGGAGAAUGACAUCGAUGGAGAAGAAGAGCAUCGUCUUCUUCUUUCCAAUAUUUCACCGUCCCUGGAUGCAGACGAUUCGUCCCUUUGGUCUCAGACUGUG